AAAAGUCACCGCACUCCAUUGAAGAAAAAAUACACAAAGAAAAGAAAAACACUGCAAUUAUAUAUACACAUUCACACAAUAAACAAAGAUCAAAAGCCCCUCCCUUCUGAGCUGUUAACAGAUCAAUCAAGGCUGCACAAAGCAGAAAACCCACCCUUUGAUUCAACCAUUAACCUAACCACAGGAAGAAGAAGAAGAAGAAGAAACAGGGAAGCUUUGGUGGGCUAUGGAAAAUUUCAGAUCUAAAUCAACAAGGGAAGGGGGGAUGCAGAUGGAGAGCUACUAUGGGGGAGGGGGGAAUGCAUCUGUGGGGCCCCAGAGCAUGAAGGAUUUGAGAAGCUACAGCACUUCUUAUGCUUAUACUUCUUCAUCCAUGGAGGCUGCUCCCCAUAAAGAAGUGAGGAUCAAGAAAAGCAAAAGCAGGGUUUCAUCCAGUUUUGCUUCAAAAAGCUGGAGCUUUAAUGACCCAGAGUUGCAGAGGAAGAAGAGGGUGGUUGGGUACAAGGCUUAUGCUGUGGAAGGGAAGAUGAAAGGCUCUUUCAGAAAGAGUUUCAGAUGGAUCAAGAACACCUGUAGCCAUGUUGUUCAUGGUUGGUGGUGAUGAUCAUAAUCUCUGCUUUCUUUUCUUAUACUGUCUUAAAUUCUUGAGUGUUCUUUUCCCCUUUGAGUAUCCAGUUAUGGAUCAGAUCAUGAAGAUCCCUAAAAAAAACCAUCAUAGAUCAUUGGUGAAUCUGCAAAUGUAAUGUAAUGCAGGCUGGGUUGAAAGUUCUUGGUUUUGAGUAAAGAUCUGCAUAUGUAUAUCAUACAUAAAUUAUUAUGUUUUACU